AUGACCCACUUAGCGGUAUUCGAAUGCCAUAAUUCAUUAGCAAAAGGAAAGCAUAUGCAGGAUGAUGAACUGGGUAAUCCCCUCGGCACAGGAUCGCGAGUUGGACCAGGAUCUGGUCUGGAAAUAUGUAGCUACGUAACGAGAUAUGAGGGGCACUGGCCAGUAAAAAUCCAACGGCACAAGCACUUGUCUCAGAAGUUGCAUCGACUAAACCGUUAUAGCUUUCUCUCUAUACAAGUCCUCGCAGUGAUCAUGCCACAUAGCGCUUGCCAAGACGACUAUCGUGUCGGAGUAGACGUCGGCGGCACAUUCACAGAUGUCUACGCCUUCACGCCCGACGGCCAGAUUGCAAGAGCCAAGGUGCCGACCACCGUUGAAGGCCAAAGCGUCGGGGUCAAGAAUGGAAUCCAGAAGGUUCAUCACAUUCUCAAAGAACGCUACUCCUGGGACGGCAAGUUCCAGUUCAUCCACCAUGGCACCACCACCGCCACCAACGCUGUUCUCGAAGGCAAAGGAGCACGUACCGGGUUGAUCGUGACGGCAGGACACAAGGACAUUUUGGCGGUGCGCCGGUCCCAGAUCCCUGGUGGUCUGGGGGCUUGGCUGCACUAUACCCCUCCGGAGCCGAUCGUGCCUCUGGAGCGAGUGAUACAGUGUCGGGAGCGGAUGUCGGUAGACGGGAAGACGGUCGUCGCGGUGGAUACGGAUGCGCUGCGCGAGGAUCUGAAGGCGUGGACGAAGGAACGGCCCGAGGCUGUGGCGAUCUCGUUGCUGAAUUCGCACUGCAAUAGCGAGCAUGAGGCUUUGGUUGCGAAAGUUGUGCGCGACGUGCUCGGGUCCGAAGUGACGGUGAUCUGCUCGAGCGACGUUCUCAGAGAGGUCGGCGAGUACGAGCGAACGGUCACCACCUGCACCAAUGCGCUGGUCAAACCCGUGGUUCAGAGCUAUCUCAGUAAUCUGCAGGAUUUACUGGCGGUGGAUGGCGAUACGAUCCGCAUUCUCAAGUCGGAUGGCGGUCUGACGAGCUUGGAGCUGGCAGGCCAGGCGCCUGGAGUGGCAGACGUCGUCACGCGACAUACGCCAUACAAGAACCUGAUCACCUUUGACAUGGGUGGCACGUCGACGGAUUGCGCCCUGAUCAACCAAGGGAAACCUCAGGUUCGUCGCGAGACAGUAGUCGGCCAACUCACUGUCCGGUCGCCCGCUGUGGAUAUUCGGACGGUAGGAGCAGGAGGCGGUUCGAUUGCGAAAUAUAUGAGCAUCACUGAAACCAUGAGAGUUGGUCCGGAGAGCGCAGGGGCCAGCCCAGGACCCGCAUGCUACCGCAAGGGAGGGACCGAAGCCACCGUCACGGACGCCAACCUGGUGUUGGGAUACCUGCCUAAGAACCUCUUGGGAGGCGAAUUCACUCUGGAUAUUGAGGCCGCAACGGCUGCAGUUGGCGCCAUCGCCGAGCAGAUGAAGCUGUCUAUCGCCCAGACCGCGGAGGACAUUAUCAACCUCGUGAAUGAGACCAUGUACGGAGCCCUGCGUCUCGUCUCAGUCGAACAGGGCUAUGAUCCCAAGGAUUUUGCUCUUGUCGCUUUUGGCGGUGCAGGACCCCUUCAUGCCAAUGCCGUGGGCAAACUCCUCGGUGCUUGGCCGGUCAUUGUCCCUCCAUCUCCAGGCACUCUGUGCGCCCUGGGUGAUGCGACUACUCGGCUGAGCCACUCUCAGUCUUCCUCGUUCAUCCGCCUACUCUCCGCUACAACAGCACAGGAAGUGAAGAGCCAGUUUGAUGAGCUUGAAAGGACAAGUCGGGCCGCCAUGCAAAGGUCCAACGCAAACCGUUCGAAGCAGCUGAAUAUUGGCUAUCAUGUGGAUCUGAGGUAUCGAGGCCAGGCACUGAAUUUGACAGUCGAUCUGCAGGCGGAUGAGCUGCUGCUGGAAGACAGGUCAUGGCGAGAGCUCCUGCAGGCGAAGUUCGACCAGCUCCAUGACCAGCAGUUCAAGUACUGUCUUCCCAACUAUGAGCUGGAGCUGAUGCGUCUCGAGGUCGUUGCCGUCGACGCGUCGCCCAGUAUCGAACUUCCUCAGCUCAGCAAGGCGGAAUCGCCUGUGCCACCGGCCGAUGCAAUGUUCUCGAAGAAGCAGAUCGUCAUAGAAGGCAAGACGAUGGAGGCUACCAUGUGGGAUCGGGAGAAGCUAAAGCGCCAGGGCAUACGGGUCGAUGGCCCCUGCAUUAUCACGGAAAUGGACAGCAACACCCUGGUCCUUCCCGGGUGUUACGGCGAAAUUGACUCGAUCAGUAACAUUCUGAUCCGCCUGGCAGACGAUCUGUCGACAGAGCGUCCAAAAGACCAAACCGCAGAGGCUGCUCUGGAGACAGUCCGAUCGACCCCCUUGAUCCCUACGCUGGUUGCGUCUGCCUUGGCCUCCAUUCGCAGCGAAAUGGAUACUCUCAUGCUGCGUUGUAGCAUGUCGCCCGCUAUUCGGGAGCAGCAGGAUGAAUUUAAUGUCAUCACCACUGCCGAUGGCAAGAUGCUCGUGGGUCAGUUUGGCAGCUUCAUCACCCAGUUCUUGGGCGUCUGGAAAGGCACAAUCGAGGAAGGGGAUGUGUUCAUCACGAACGACACGUACAUGAUUGAAGGCGCCGUGACACACUUGAACGACGUGAUUGUCCUGUUGCCCAUCUUCUAUGGACACCGACUGAUCGGGUGGGCGUCGCAGUUUGGACACCUGACUGAUGUCGGAGGAAUGGUGCCUGGCAAUCCCGUGUAUCAAGCUGUACAGCAAGGGGUUAUGAACACCGAUCUGGUCGAGCUGCUCUGUCGCAACUCGCGCCAGCCCGACUGGUACAGGGCUGACUUGUUUGCCAUCAUCACCGCAUGCCGAACGGCCGCCAGCCGGGUCAAUGAGCUGGUCCUGCGGUUUGGAUGCCAGGUCUAUCUCGCGGCAUGCUCGGAACUGCUCAUGCGCAAUCGUGCCGCAAUGGCGCAGAUCAUCGAGACCGACUUCACCGACAAGCCAUGCACGUUUACCGAUUUCGUCGACGACGACGGCCACGGCAUCGGGCCCUGGGCCCUGACCUGUACGAUGAGGAAAAUCGACAAGAACAGGCUGCUGUUUGACUGGAGAGGGACAUCCCCACAGAGCGAGCACAGAAUCAACUUCUAUCUCUCCGAGACCAUGUUCAAGAUGUUCAUCGGCUACUAUAUGAUCGCCGCCGUCGCACCCGGCACUGUGAUCAACGACGGCUUCCACGACCUCAUCGACAUCUAUAUCCCGGAGGGCAGCGUCCUGAAGCCAGUCCGACCAGCGCCGAUAUCCUGUCGUACACAUCUGCUAGGCAGAACAAUGGACGUCAUGCAAGCGCUCAUCGGGCAGAGGAACCCCAUCUACGCCGCCGCCGCGGGCUUCAGCGACUCCCCCCACUUCUUCUACUCGGGAUACAAGCCCGACGGCGAGUGGUAUCAGCUGUAUCAAAUUGGCUUUGGCAGCGUGCCAGCCCGCAACGCCGGCGACGGUCUUGAUUGUCACUGUCUGUUCCCGGCAAUCAAAUCGAUCCCCACGGAGAUCAUCGAACUGAACUACCCGCUCCGUAUCGAAGCGAACGAGAGCGUGCCGGACAGCGGUGGGCCGGGGUUCUAUCGCGGGGGCAAUGCCCAGCGCACACUCUACCGGUUCCUGUGUCGCGGGGAGUUCAGUCUGCACGAUGACCGGUGGUUCAUGAAGCCGUGGGGGAUACAGGGCGGCAAGCCCGGUUCCCGGUCCCGGAAGGUUCUGUACAGAUACUCCAAGUCGAAGGAAAAGCCGCCGGUAGAAGUCCUGCCUUCAAAGUGCGACCACAUCCGCGUCGACCCGGAUGACCUUCUCGAGUGGGUGACCUGGGGAGGCGGUGGACUGGGCGAUCCGUUGACUCGGCCGGAGGAGAAGGUCGCCCUAGAAGUCCGUCGCCGCCUGGUCACCAUCCAGGGCGCUUACGAGAACUACGGUGUGGUCGUGGAUCCAGAGAAUCUGAGCGUGCGUGAGGCCGAGACCGAAGCUCUGAGGAUGAGGAUGAGGACUGCCCGGGAUGCGGUGGGCAAGGCCCAGCAGUAUGAUCGAGGAGGCACAAUCGAGGAAUUGACGGAGUCCUGCCUCAAGGAGACUGGGCUUCCUGCUCCGAGUCCGCAAUGGGAGUUGGAGCCUUAUGGGCCGCACAUGUCGCUUCCGUAUGUCAAGGAGUGGUAUGUGCGUAUGAAAAUGACCAAGGGCUGGGUGUUGCAGUCGUAGAUGGCUUCAUUUUCUGUGAUUUACUAGAAUAGCCGUUUAUAAUACUAGAUGGGAGUGACCAUCCGUAGUGGUGCUUACAUAGAUAUACACUCUCUAGUCAGCAUCAUUGAGCCUAUAGUGUCAUGUUGAAAGCAGUGGAUUUUACCGUAAUUAAAUUUAUUUGAUUCUAGAG